CUCCAACAGUUAACAUGGAAAAUUUGUAAAUUUUUAGUCCAGAUUGGAUUUUGGUAAAAGAUGAGGGAUGAGAGCAGUGGAAAUCUGGAAUGUGUAUGUUGCUUGCUUCAAGAAGCAUUGUAUGGGAAGAGCAUUUUAAUCCUUCUUGAUGAUGGAUGGGAGCAAGACAUAGUUCAUUGGUUUGCCAAGCUCUGUGAUAAUGAUUGUAAGUAUUUAGUAACAACAAGAGAUGAAUCUGUCUAUGAAAUUACAGAGGCUGAAAAGGUAGAGCUAAACACGGACGAUAUAAAGGAGAUAAGCAAGGCAAUCCUUCUCUAUCAUAGCCUCCUUAGUGAAGAAGAGCUACCGUCUAAAAGCAUGGUGGAAUGUUCAGUUCCUAGUGCUGAGAGCUUACUUGAAAGGUGCGGUCACCACCCUCUAACUGUUGCUGUUAUGGGAAAGGCUCUCAGGAAAGAAAUAAGAGCUGAGAAAUGGACAUUUGAGUUCAGUCUAGAAGCAAUGCCUGUUGACUCUAGAAGGCUCUUCAUCGCUCUUUCUGCUCUUUCAUGGUCAGAACCUGUACCAGAAGCUUGUCUAGAAGCCAUAUGGUCAGUUCUUGGGCAGGAGAGCUUGUUCUCUCUUGUUAUCUGCAAACUUGUUGAAGGGUCCUUAAUAAUGAAAAAUGAAAUGGGUCCCCUGUACCAAGUACAUGACAUGUUAUCCUUAUAUCUUGAUAGCAAGACAACUGAAUCAGUCCAGAUGCUACUAAACCGUUCUGCACCUGAAGAAACCGCAUUUGUUUGCCCCUGGGUUCUUAUUUUCGGAAAAGAGAAAAUUAAAAAACUUGUUGAGCCAAAGAUAGUGGUUUUCCUUGGGGUUUUAAAAGAGAGGCAGGCAGUUAUCACCUUAGAAUCUAUUUUUUGGGCUCUAAUGCUAGCAUAUUGGGACCCAGGAUUACAGAUAUUAUUUCAACUGAUUCAGAAAAUAUUAUUGCAGGCAGAAGUCAUCACAAAUAUAUUUAGCAAGACUGAUUACUGCUAUUAUUUUGCAUCCCUUGAAACUUCUGGUGCAGUUGACAAGUUGACCGUUAUACUGGAAAGCUGUGAGAAUCCUUGUACCAAAAUUAACAUUUUGACUGUCCUUGCAAAGCUUGCAGAAUUUGGAGGCAGGCAGAUCACUGAUAAGGUGCUUCAGAGCAUCCCCUUUAAGCAAUUAUCUAACUUGCUCUCUCCAGAUGCAGUGGAAUGGCACGACAACAUGUUUACAAUAUUGAUGUCACUGACCAAAGGUGGAAAGUCGAAAGCUGUUGAGAGAAUGUGUGAUUUUGAUAUUGAUAAGAAUUUCAUCAAACUUCUCGAGGAUGGAUCUGAGGUAUUGCAGCGCCAUGCUAUUGUCACUUUGAAGGCAUUUUAUGAGCUGGCCCCAAACAGUUCCCUAAAGCCUUCCAAUCUAAGUCUUUUGCCAUGGCAAGUGAGGCUACCUUUGGAAACACCUCAUUCACAAGGUGGUGUGGUGGUGAACGGUGACAAGAAGCAGGUAAUGAAGGCAAUGCAGGAUCUCAUACCUAUUGUUGCAAAAGCUGGAGACCCAAGUUUGCGAGAAUUGAUCAUAGAAAGUCCCCUUAUUAAAAGGCUUUCAGAACUUCUUCAAUCAGGACAUUCGGAACAAAAUUCAAUGAGAUCAGAAUCUGCUUUUCUAUUAAUGAAGCUAGCUUGUUCCGGAGGAGAACCUUUCAUUAAGAAGUUUCCAGGGUACAAUAUCAUUUCAGAGCUGGUGAAAAUGAUGUACUGCCAGGUAACUGAGUUGCAGGAUUCAGCCUAUACGGCCCUACACCAUAUGAUCUUUUGCAAUGGUGGAGGCCUUGUUCUGAACAAGAUCUUCACGAUAGCAAGGCAACAAAGCCUGCAUCGAGACCAGAUUCUAUCUUCACUGGUGGUGGAGAAGCUCGCGAAGUCAGAGAAAGAUUGCGGGGGCUCAGGUCAGACCGUGCUUAAGUAUCUCGAGGGGAUAGACAAGUGUAAGAAUCUAUCAAUGGCAGAGCGAAAGGUGUUGAAACAACAGGUGAUUAGGAAGGUGAGGAGCUCCUUGAAAGUUCAUAAAUUUGAGGCUCGGAUUUUAGCAGCUUUGGAUGCUUGUCUUUGUAAGGGCUCAAGAGGAGCCAGUAGCAGUACUAGACAUAGAAAGUAAUCAAGUAAUUUGAAAAGAGAACUCUGGCUGGCUCUUUCAGGCCUUCUUGUUGUAACAUUACAAGUUUGUAUUCAAAGGAAUGCAAUUCAGAUAUCAUUAAGACAUACUAUAAAAAAGAUUAUCUAGA